AUGGGUAUACUGACGUCUACUAGCAAGUGCGCCAUCAACGAGGAUAACUGGCACAAGAUAGACAAGGACCUCUACCUGGGAAGAGGAUUUCCAAGCAAAGCAUACGUUCAUGUACGCAGGAAAAGGGAAGAGGAGUUACUAAGCCACGAUGAAUUGGUCAUCGAUGUCUUUGUCGGACCUACCUCACCAGACGAUGGCAAACUUGGGAAGAAUGAGAAAUGGGAAUCGCGCUCUAUGGGUAUCUGGAUCAAACGCUCCUCGAAACGACAUCUUUCAGACUCAACAAAGGCAGUAACGGGUGUAGACGUUCUCUUUGGUCCAGAUGCGGCUGAUCCGCGUUCUAACUGGGUCAUGCAAAGGACGACUCUGAAGGUGGAUGCACAUGGCGAGCCUCCCGAGCCACGCUUGACAGUUCGCAAUGGUCCUGCGCUGAAAGUUGAUCCUCCGGUACCCAGAAUUCGCAAGGAUGGGAAGUUCAAGAUCUUACAAGCCUCCGACCUUCAUCUCGCAACUGGCUACGGAAGAUGCCGGGACGCGGUACCUGAUGGCUACAACGGUGGUCCAUGUCUUGCUGAUCCUAGAACUCUUGAAUUCGUGGAGCGCAUUCUGCUCGAUGAGAAACCUGACCUGAUAAUUCUCUCUGGCGACCAAGUCAAUGGUGAUACAAGUCCUGACGCUCAAUCAGCUAUUUACAAAUACUCCGCUCUGUUCACGAAGCAUCAAAUCCCUUAUGCCGGUAUUUUCGGCAACCAUGAUGAUGAAAGCAAUCUCAAUCGCGCACAAUCUAUGGCGAUCAUGGACGGUUUACCCUACUCCCUGUCUCAUGCUGGACCAUCGGACGUAGAAGGAGUUGGUAACUACUACAUCGAAGUCCUCUCGCGCAACGGUGGAUCCACCAGCGCUUUGACGAUAUACAUGCUCGACACGCAUUCCUACAGCCCUCAAGAGAAGAAGUAUCAUGGAUACGAUUGGCUAAAACCAAGUCAAAUAGACUGGUUCAAGUCCACUGCGCAGAGUUUAAAGCAUAAGCACAAAGCCUACAGUCAUAUACACAUGGACUUGGCUUUCAUCCACAUUCCCUUACCUGAAUAUCGCAAUCCAGACAACAAUAUCGUCAUCGGCAACUGGAGUGAAGGCGUUACAGCACCCUCGUACAAUUCUCACUUCACCGAUGCACUUGUCGAGGAGAACAUCCUUAUGGUCUCUUGUGGCCACGACCACGUCAAUGACUACUGUGUGCCGAAGAACAACAAGCACGGCGAGGCAGCACUAUGGAUGUGCUAUGGUGGCGGCGCCGGAUUCGGUGGGUACGGCGGUUAUGGUGGCUACAUCCGACGAAUGCGCCUUUUUGAAUUCGACAUGAAUGAAGCCAGGAUACGAACGUGGAAAAGACUCGAAUGGGGUAGCCAGGAAGAUUUGGAGCGAAGAGUUGACGAGCAGAUUAUUGUGGAUGCUGGGAAGGUGGUGACGGGCAUGUGA